AUGGGGUCCAACGGAAGCGGUCUCAGUACGUCCCCCUCCCCGCCGUUUCAUGAACAUUCCCUUAGAACCACCUACGCUAGAGCUCUCCAACCGCAGUCGCCGCCAAAUUCCAGGGAGGACAAGAGUUAUAUUCUAUGCUUUGAUCCUGGGAAUAAUGAUCGAAGAAGACCAUUCUUACACAUAGGAAGUGACCUCUCCUUCCCAUGCGGGAUCAGUCUGCAGAACUCCAAUCAAAAAUGGGGCCAUCUGCUGCGAGAAUAUCGAUCGUCGAUCGAGAUUCCUCCAUCCGAUAAAUCAACUGAUUCAGGAUGCAGUACUACAUCCGCGUCCCUUGUCGUGCGAAGGGCGAAGAGCAGGUGCCCAACCUUUGGUCUUCCCUCACGUUGA